CAGAGGUAUCCAGCAGCCUGGAUUCAUCCUCUAUCUUGGAAAAGUAUUUCACUGCUUUGAGAAAUUCUGAAGACUCUCCUGGCCACAUUGUGGGCUUGUUUUGAAUGGAUUGUUUUUUUUUAAUUUUUCUAUUUAAAUGCUAGGAAGGCUGGGUUUAUUUCAAAGAAGAUUUCUGAUUGCUGAGGCUAGCAAGGGCAUAAAAUGACUUGAGAUUUUCUCAGCAGAAUUCCAGAUUCAGGCAAGAUUUUUCUAAGCACCUACUAUGUUCAAAACAUCCUGUAGGGAUAUUCUGGAGAAUCUAAAGUUCUGCCUUAACCCUCUAAACUUUGAAAGCAAUGGCUGAAAAAGAAAGAUGAGCAUCUUGAGGCUCCCUCUGGAAAUGAUCGAGGCUCACCACAAUUUGCAAGUUUGGCUUUCUCCGUCAAAAGUUGGUGACUUCAUGGGCUGCCCAGCGUCUUCUGCAGGUCAGAUGGAGCUUAGGAAGACAAGGGAGCCUAGUAACAAGCGGGUCAAACCCCUUUCCAGAGUCACAUCACUAGCAAACCUCAUCCCCCCUGUGAAGACUACACCAUUAAAACGCUUCAGCCAAACCCUGCAGCGCUCUAUUAGCUUCCGUAGUGAGAGCCGGCCUGACAUCCUCACCCCCCGACCCUGGUCCAGAAAUGCAGCCUCGUCAAGCACCAAGCGGAGAGAUAGCAAGCUGUGGAGUGAGACCUUUGACGUGUGCGUCAAUCAGAUGCUUACAUCCAAAGAAAUCAAACGUCAAGAGGCAAUCUUUGAACUUUCCCAAGGAGAAGAAGACCUGAUAGAGGACUUGAAAUUAGCAAAAAAGGCCUAUCAUGACCCCAUGCUGAAACUCUCCAUAAUGACAGAACAAGAAUUGAAUCAAAUUUUUGGAACACUGGACUCUCUAAUUCCUCUACAUGAAGAACUCCUUAGUCAGCUUCGAGAUGUUCGGAAGCCUGAUGGCUCAACUGAAUAUGUUGGUCCCAUCCUUGUUGGCUGGCUGCCUUGUCUCAGCUCCUACGAUAGCUACUGCAGCAAUCAAGUAGCCGCCAAAGCUCUGCUGGACCACAAAAAACAAGAUCACCGAGUCCAAGAUUUCCUGCAGCGAUGUUUAGAAUCCCCCUUUAGCCGCAAACUAGACCUCUGGAAUUUCCUUGAUAUUCCAAGAAGCCGUUUGGUAAAAUACCCUCUGUUGCUUCGAGAAAUUUUGAGGCACACACCAAAUGAUAAUCCAGAUCAGCAGCACCUGGAAGAAGCUAUAAACAUCAUUCAGGGAAUUGUGGCAGAAAUCAACACCAAGACAGGAGAAUCUGAAUGCCGCUAUUAUAAAGAGCGACUUCUUUACUUGGAAGAAGGCCAGAAAGACUCCCUGAUUGACAACUCGAGAGUACUGUGUUGUCAUGGUGAACUAAAGAACAACCGGGGUGUGAAACUACAUGUUUUUCUGUUCCAAGAAGUGCUUGUGAUCACACGAGCAGUCACCCACAAUGAGCAGCUCUGCUACCAGUUGUACCGGCAGCCGAUUCCUGUGAAGGACCUCCUACUGGAAGACCUGCAGGAUGGAGAAGUGAGGCUGGGAGGCUCCCUACGUGGGGCAUUCAGCAACAAUGAGAGAAUUAAAAACUUCUUCAGAGUAAGUUUCAAAAGUGGAUCCCAAAGUCAGACCCACUCACUACAAGCCAAUGACACCUUCAACAAACAGCAGUGGCUCAAUUGUAUUCGUCAAGCCAAAGAAACGAUUCUGUGUGCUUCCGGGCAGGUUGGGGGGCUUGACUCCGAGGGACCAUUCCUAAAUCCCACCACCGAAAUCAGGGAGCCACAGGGAGAAACAAAACUGGAGCAGAUGGACCAAUCUGACAGUGAGUCAGACUGUAGUAUGGACACGAGUGAGGUCAGCCUUGACUGUGAGCGCAUGGAACAGACAGAUUCUUCCUGUGGGAACAGUAGGCACAUUGAAAGCAAUGUCUGACAGAAGCCUGCAUACUUCCUGGAAGUAGUCUUGUGUCUUACCUGUACAGUAUUUUGCAUUCCACAUAUGGAACGGUUUGGAGAAGCACUUUUUAAUACUUUUGUGACCAUGUUGAGCUAGUCUCUUGUAUCUGUACCUUUGUCCCUCGUACUGUAACUGCCAGUCUGUCUAUGAGCUGGAAUAUGUGGCAACCAUUAACCUGUGUUGUAGUCACAAAUGUCUGAGUGGAUGGAGAGUUAGUUGAACAACUUACUUUCAAUUGUCCUGCUGGAUUUUAAAAAGUCAAAAGAAAAAGACUCUCCACUACUGUUUCAUGUAGAUUGCUGGAAAAGUCCUUCUUCAGUGCUUUUCUAGCUCUUUGACAUGGUAACUGAAGGCUUGGAAAUUAGAGGGCCUUGCAAACAAGACAUGAAGGAAGUCACUUGUGUAUUUAAUAGCACUUAAGGAGAACCAGGAAAGAUCCAUGCAUGGCGUGAACUUGUUUCAAUGUUAUCCAACUAGAAAGCUUGAAAACAUCCUGGGGAUUCUGGAGGCUUAAUUCUGCAGAGGAAGAAGCUCUGUCUUGACCUUGCAGCUUCAUCCAGUGCAAAUUGAUGCAAUAGUCUAUUUGGACAUGAAAGGACCAGCACAAAAGCAGCUGCCAGCUCUGAAUCUUGAACUUAAAUGUGCAUCACAUCAAAAGGUCUCUGUCAUAGUUGCUGGCUUGCCUUUGAAAGCCUGACUAGCCUAAAACAUCAGACUAGAAUUCCAUGAGCUGGGAAAAUUACACAGGAUAACAAGAGGGCCCCACGUUCAUUGUUUCACCUCUCUGCGCCUACUUAUUUUCUAGAGCAUAAGUGAAGAGCUGAGGAAAGGUGAUUGACUGAGUCAGUGACUAUUUACAGAAACGUGAGAAGAAGAAUUUGGAAGAAGUGCAGCAUCAUGACUUUAUGUGGGAAAGAUUAAAAGAAAAAAGUAAAGGCCAGUGCCUCUAGGGAAGGCCAGAGUCUUGCAUUUUCCUGCUCUGUUUUUGGGGUAACCAGUUUGUGGCCUCCGAUUCCUUGCUGAUCAGAAUCAUAAUCACAGUUCUCCAGAGGCCAAUUUACUUAACCCUGUGUUUAAUUAGGAUCAGGUAGCCAAACUAGUAACCUCUCUCCAGUCUGGACUUACAUGCAGGAUGGGUUGCAGACCUUAGAAGACAAAUUAACCGAAUACACAGAAAAGCUCCCUGUGAGUGUAAAUAUUAAAAUGACCUGUGCAACAUUAUACCACACCAGCACUAGUUGUAAUGAUUCUAAAUUAUUGCCAAAAAGUUUUUUUUUAAUCUUUUGUGUCUUUCAAGUUUACAAAAAGAAAAGCAGUAAAUACUAUGUUUUCAUUUUAUUAUGUACAUCAACUAUGUGUAUUCAGAGAAGCUGUGUGACAAGAUUUAUCAAUAUAAAAACAAGCUAUAUUAUUUUUCAAAAACAAAAAAUAUUGUCAAUUUUACCCUGUAAAACAUAUUUCUGUAUUUAUAGAUUUUAAAUAUGGUGAAUUUUUUUUCUAUUACAAGUUUAUUUAAAACUACUUUGUUUCUGAAGUUGUUGCUGAUUAAUGAAGAAGAAUUUGGAAGAAGUGCUACAGAUAAAAGGAGAAGAAAGCCAAGAACCAUUUUUUGAUGGUAGAACAGUGAACAGUUCUUUGUAGGAGUCAUCUGCUACUUUGGCCAGUGUGUCAAGGAAAGAGGUUUGUUAAGUGUUGACCUCUGGGAAGAAAGCCAUUGGCUAUUUUGAAGAAAUGAGUGUUUUUUUGUAUAAUGGCCUUAAACUUUUC